AUUUCCGUAAUCAUAAUUGCGAUCUUGAUCCAUUAUUCCCAGAUUCAAUACUUGAGUGUGGAGCACCCGAAGGUGACGUAUUACAAUCCCAAGUACCUGAGAUACGCGAACUUGACGACCAUCAGGUACGGCCGCUCGAACCCGAUCUACUACGUCGGCCUUAACCUUGACCUUGUGGUCCCUUUCGACUCAAGCAUCUACAUCGACGUGUAUUUCUACGAGCUCCUGACUGGUCAGUACAAGCGAAGCUUCAUAGAGAUGCACUUCAACUGGUGCCACCUCGUCGAGAAGGACAUGUUCUUCGGAGCCGCUAUGAGGACAGCAGGACUUACCAAGCCUUGUCCUCAUGGACCGGGUCCUAUCAACUUACAGAACAUGACAGUGAACCCUAAUGCGAUACCCAGUGGUUUUCCCUUCACCCGAGGCCGGAUAAUAGCCAACUUCACACACCCCAAGACCAAAACAAGAGUUGGAGAUGGAUUUAUUGAUAUGAAGCUGGCUUACGUCGAUAAGAAACACGCUAAGAACUUAUUUUUUAAAUAA